AUGUUUGCUGCAAGGCGAUCGGCAGCCUCUGCGCGGCUGCUGCUGCGUCAGCAACCACGCCGCUAUGCGUCCGACGCCCACCACCACCACCACCCAGAGCCCGUGAGCGAAGGGUUCGGCCCGAGUUUCUACAUCGCCGUGUCCACUUUCGCCGCCGGUUUCGUGCUCUACCGUAUCACCAAGUCCUCCGACUCCGACAACUCGUGGAUCACGGGCCUGAUCAAGAAGUACACGCCGGACGAGAAGGUGUUUGAAGAACGCAAUGCUAUUCGAACGGUGGCGAUCGAGAAGGCUGCGUCGGAUAGGCAUUUGUUUGCUGGCACCCCGCGGCGGGAGCAUAUUGAAUUGAGGAGUCCAGAGCUUUUUAAUACCGGCUCACGACUCAAUGUCGGUGCGGGCUCGCAGGCGGAUCUUUCUGCUGUCGCUGCGUAUUACGAGAACCACAAUAAGAAGUUGGAGGAAGACCGUGUUAGUCGGUUGAAGGAUGGGAAGGUUGUCAGUAUCUACGACUAG